AUGACUUCUAUAAACCAUAGCAAUAACUUGUGCCUUGUCACCCUUCGUCCCCUCUUCCAAUCUGUUGAAGAGAAGAUUGUCCAGCUUGGUGAAUUGGCUGGUAAGCUUGGAGGAUUUGUUGGUGAGAGUGAGAGUGUUAAGAAAGCCGUUGUGAAGGCUAUUAUCGCCCAAAUUAACAGUAAUGAAGAGCUUAAAAAUCUUUACUCUUCUCAUGUUACUACCCUUUCUGAGUCUGUCAACUCUGUUGGCAAGGCUGAUGACACCGAUGAAAUUAGUGAGCUUAAGCAGAAAGUUGCUGAUCAAAUUAAGCUUCUUAAAGAACGUGAAUUGCAACUUCAAAAUCAAUUAAAAGAUCCUUCUUCUUCCCCCUCUCCCUCUGCUGACUCAGCCGAAUUGCACUCCAAGUUGGAGGCUUUGAGGAAAGUGGAGAAGCUUUGUGAAUUUUAUGAGAAACUUAAAACUAUGCCAAAUGAGCCAAAAAAGCUCUUAGAGAAUCUUUGUGACGGCCUUCAGACUUUCCUCGGCUUCGACUCUGCUUCCAAAGGCUACGAUGGCAGUGGUAUUGUGUACUCUGACCUAGAUAGGCUGUGUGACGGGGUGAUGGGAUUUUUGAGUGGUGUGCUUGGUGCGGUGAAAGAUGAUGAUGCGGUUAAAACGUAUGAUAAAGAUACCACAAAAAACAUUAAUACAGUUAUUAAGACUUUGAAUGAUAAUAUUGGCUCCGGGCGUGCUGGGCUUGUGGAGUCUGUCGCGGAGGUGAAGGGGUGGUUGGAGGGGUAUGAAUUAGAAUACAGCAAAAAAGCAAGCAACGUCACAGAGUUUUUAGGUGAGUUGAAAAGCAACAUAGCAGGUAAAUAUACAUCUCAAAUUCGUGCAGGUGAGAAAUUGACUAGACAGCUGGAGGAGUGGAGGCGCAUCGUGGAGAACAUCCAGAGUGACAUAAAAACUAUUGAAACUAAUUAUGUAAUUUAUUUAGACGAUGAAUUGAGAUGUAAAAUACGUAGUGAAAUAAUAUUAGUUAAAAAAUCCGUAGAGGUUUUACGUGAUUCAGCUUGCAACAUUAGUGUCAACGAACAGGCCAAGCACGUAGAUACGCAUUUAGAUGAGCAAAAACGAAAUCUGGAAAAAGCAGUCACAGAUGGGAGUGAAAACGUUAAACGCACUUUACAAAUAAAUUUUACAAAAAUACUCGACGCAAUGUAUGACUUACGUGAACAAAGAAAACACCACUUUGAAAAGUGCUAUGAGAGGUUAAGGGAGGCGAAUAAACACUUGAAAAGUCGUUUAGACAAAUAUAGCGGCACUACUCGAGAUGAGAUAUUUAGGUUAUUUGAUGAGAUAAUAAAAGAAGUAAAGAAGAUUUACGGUGAUAUGAACUACAAAAAAGGGGAACUGGAAAUGUUAGUCGAGGGGGCUGAGAAGACGCUGUCUGAAUUAUCUAAGAAUUUUGAGAAAGAUGUGAAAGCGGGUGUGAAGCAGGAUUUGACGGCAUUGAAUGGUAACGUAAAUGCACUAAAAAAUGGUAUGAGAUCAAUUUCCAACGGUCAUGAGAUUGUAGGAAAGGCGUUGACUCAGCUUAGUGCGUCUAAGCAACAGCUGCUGAGAACGACAGAUCCAAUUACGCAGAAUUCAGAAGCACGGGUAGGUAAGUAUAAUGAAGACUUGAAGAAAAAAUUCUACACCUUUGCGGAGGCACUAAAGGCGGCGAAAUUGGAUACUUUUCAAACAAAAUUGCAGGCUGAAUCCCGAAAACUUCGUAAUUAUUUUGAAAAUCUGAUGAAGAUAAGUACUAUCCAAAAGUGUCAACAUCGGGCAGAAGUGAGGUCAAGGAUCUUGUAG